AUGUGCCAGUGUGCAGAGGAUUGCAUCAACCAUAUUCACGGAGCAUGUGAAACCGAUAUCAUCAACAUGACCUCGGAUGGAGGCUGGAAGAAACUGCUGAGGCUCAUUGAAAAGGACAAAGAAAUCUUUAUUCAGAAGCUAAUCGUGCCCAUCAGUCCCUCGGGACCGUUUCUGCAAAGAAUUAGUACCCUGUUUGACAUCGUCAUGUAUGUAGGCUAUCGCGAACCUACCUUUCAGAUCCCGGACGGUAACACUAUUCGGGAAGUCGUUAUUAUGCGUGCCGUAGGUCUGAAAGCGUUUAUCGCUGGAACAAACACCCAACUUGAGACUCUUAACAUUCAACAAUGUACGUUGGAUCGUUUGCCACCGACAUUGCCCAAAAUGAUAAGGCUGAAAGAUCUCUCCAUUACAAUUUGCAUGUUAUCCGGACUGCGACUAGACAUGCUGGUAGAAAACCAGUAUCUUACCUCCGUGGAUCUAUCUUACAAUCGUAUACGACAAAUAUUUCCCCUCACGGCACGUACGGGUAAGACGAUCAACAUCGAAAGGUUAGAUCUUACUGGCAAUCAACUGGAACACCUAGAUAUGAGCGUCUUUGCAUCGAUGUCCAAGCUUGGAGCACUCUUCAUUUUAGAAAAUCCAUUAACUCACAUCGGAGUAACGGAACCGAUCAUUCUUCCGCAACUUGGUACUAUACUUCUUUACGAUAAUCAACUUGUUUCGAUUGAUCUGCGGAAUGUGACGAUGCCUCAACUUACAAUGUUUGCCAUCAGUAGCAACGCUAUGUCCCAGAUGCCACUCUUACCGAAAACUUUACCCAAGCUUGAUUACCUCAGUUUCGAUCAAAACCAACUGACCCGAGUGGACCUAAGCUACUUCCGGACCUAUCGGCAACUGAAAAACAUUUACAUUACGAAUAAUCAAAUCAGCACGGUAUAUACUUCAUCUCCCAUAAAGCUGCCAGUCACAUUGUUGCGAUUUGAUGGAAACACAAUUACCUCGCUGAAUCUCACGGGAUGUGACAUGCCAAACAUUACAACUUUAAAUCUGGCAAACAAUCGUCUUACGGUGGUCCCGCCAGUGUUUGAAUCGUUUCCAAAAGUGCGUUUAACGAUGAAUGCAAAUCCACUCACCUGUAACACACUGUUACCGUACAAGGAUAAGUUUGAGGGUGGACGGUUUCAAAAAGAUAUAAAACCCAUUUCAUGGGUAUGCGAUACGACAUCUUCGUUUCUAAUUGCAGGCGAUGAUAAGGUAUGCUGUGACAGUUAA